GUACAAGCAAAGACUUGAUGAGUUUAAUGGUCAGGACCUACACACGAGAAGUUCUGGAACCAGCAAAACUUCCCCUAAUGUUGGAUGCUCUUCCUCACCGGCCCCUGCCCACCAUUCAAGCGUCAUCGAGCCCACAUUAUUCACUCCUGUGAAGGAUGACAUCCAAUCCCUUUUGGCCAAUGACGUUUUCGGGACUCCUUCCACCAAUGGGAAGAAUGUAGCUGGGAACGCUUUUCCUGAGAUGGUCAACACAAGGGGGAAGGCCUCCUGUGCUGAGAUUUUAACGGAUAUUGAGACGCUGUCCCUAAGCUCGGAGGAGGGAAUGUACACACUAUCACCACUGGACUCCGAGGAGGAGGAAGCAUACAAAUACAUUCUAGCACUGGAAGAAGAAGCUAACAGGAUCCCCAGGCCAGAUGUUACAGCUUUGCCGCCGGUUAAGAUUGCUAUCGAACACCUCUCACACACCCCACACCACACACACUGUAUAUGCCAGCACAGUGAGCAGGCUAACCCAAAGAAUGGUAACAAACGUAUAAGUGGGCAUGAAGAGACUGCGUUACCAGAGGCCAAUGGUCACACUACAACAGGAGACCACCAGGAUGAGGACACCCAUCAUGGUUCAUCCACUUCAGUACUUUCAAUGGAAUAUGAUUGUGGUCAAAACAUCUCUGCGGAGCCAGCCAGGCCAAGAGACACAACUGCGGACACCAAUGAGUGUUCAAACGUGCAAAAAACGGACAGAGAGGAAGACAUGUCUUUGAAGAGAGAGGAUGCACUGCCUUGCCCAUCAGACAGUCAAAUCGAGGAGCGCUUGUUUCCCGAGUCCGACUCUACUGUAGACACUGUUGAUAGCCAAGGUUCAUCUCAUAGUAAUGGCAUCAGGGCAACAGAUGAAGUUGAGGAUGAGGAUCAAACUACAGGCGGUAUGGCACCCCACCAAUUAGACACAGGUAGAGUUAAUGCCAAAAUAGGAGGAGAAUCAGAACUCACUCCUGAAGCACAGGGGGGCUCUUCAAUAGAAGUGGAGUCUCUAAGGGGAACAGUCACGGCUGUCCACGGCAGAGACACAACUUCAGACACAAAAGAAUAUUCAAAUGCACAUGUACAAACCGAGACGGAAGGAGAGGAUAUACCGUCGUCUAUCACAUCAGAUAACGUCAUUCUUGACCAUGCAGAGGUUUCUCAUGGUGGUGCCAUAAAGGCAAAAUAUGAUCUAGAGAGGGAUCAACCUGCAAACUCAAUUGAGUCCCAUUCAGUAGACAACAGUAAAUGUAACGAUGGAAGAGGUGAUGUAGAUUAUGAACUUACUCCACAUAUGCAGGUGGACAUAUUGUUAGAGGUAGAGUCUUUAAGGGGAACGAACAUGUCCAAAGACACAAUCCGAUGCACAACAGAGUAUCCAAAUACUAUACACUCCAAUGCAGAUGAGGAGGAUAUGUCGGAGUGUGUACUGGAUGAGGGCUUGUGUCCUGACUCAGAAUCUGGUUUUGAGCGACAAGACCUCACUCUAGACGUUAUUGAUCCUGAUGAUAUUUCUCAAAAUGUUGUCGUCGAGGCAACAGAUGAGGUAGAGAAGGAUCAAACUGUAAACUUGAUUGAGUCUCACCCUACAACAUAUAAGGGUAGUUUGAAUUGUAAUACUGAAGGAGACACUGAACUCAAUCCACAAACACAGGGGGACGACUUGCCAUCAGAACAAGCGGAUAUAGGAGGAAUGGUUAUGGCCAGAGACACCAUGUCAGAGACAGAGGAGUUUCCAAAUGAGCACACUGAUGAAGAGGAAGAGGUCUCUGUGAGAGAGGAUGUGUCGUCUAGUCCAUUAAACAGUAAAGUGGAAGAGAGCCUAUUUUUGGACCCAGACUCUGGUUUAGAGCCUCACGGCUCCGCUACAGACAGUCUUGAUCCUGACGUUGUGUCUCAUUAUGACACAAUUAACGCUAAACAUGACACGGAAUACGAUCAAACUGCAAACUCGAAUGAGUCCCACUCAAGAGCCACUGUUAGAUUCAAUGGCACUGCAGAAACACACAGAGACUCAUCAUCAGAAGAAGAGGCUAUAACCACCUGCAACGCAAACUCAGACCUGUGUUCAGAGGCACACAGUUACAUAGAAGAAGCCGUCUCUCAGAGGAGAGAGCAUAUAGUGUCUAGCCCAUCAGACAGUGAAGUGGAAGAGAGCCUGUCUCUUGAUUCUGACCCUGCAGAUGAUGUGGAGGGUGAUCAAACGACAGGCCAGAUGUCAUAUCAAACAGACAAUGGUCCACUUGACGACUGCAGGCCUACAGAAAAUACUGAACUAUCUCCGCAAACACAGGGUGUCUCAUCCUUGGAGGGAGAGGAAUCUUUAAAGCAAAAGGACUUGUGUGGCAAAUACAGUGGCCAUGUGCCACAUACGCAGAUUGGCCUCUCUGUAGACAGAGAGGCAGAGACUAUGAGAGAAAAGGAUGCAUGUGACAUCUCCUGUCUUGAUGGACAAGUCCUACAGAGGGAAGUGGUGGGCCGGGGAGGUGAAAACCAGGAAGAGCCGGACAGGUGGUAUGAACGCAGCCUUUUGCCUGAUGAGGAUACAGCUCAAGUGAACGCCCAUCCAACAAGGGAGCGAGAGUUGUCUUCAGCAAGUGUGGACCUUUGGGGUGCUUUGGAUGCUAAAGAGUUGAAUCUGCUCUUGUACCUUUGGCUUUUCACAUAUUGUUUCUUUGUCAUACGUCAUGGCAUCUGCAAAUAUUUCACUGACGUCCUAAAAUAGGAAAAAAACACCACCAGUCUUUUCAAACACUCACGCAACAAUCAUGCACUUAAAGAUGCAGCAGUCUUGAACAAAAUACUCCUGAUCAUGUCAUAAAAAAUGUAAAAAAUGGAGCACAUAGCAUACAGCUAUCUGUAUACCUGUAAUAUAUGUGUGUAAAAUAGUUGGAGAUAGAGAUAGAGGUUUAUUUUUGUUAUUUUUACGGCAUGUGUCCAUACUGUAUGAUUGCAAUAUAAUUAAAUGUACGGAUAUUUUCCAGCAAUUUAGUUACAUUUCAACUUCAUGAACAAAAAAACGCUUGUGCCUGUGUACAGAAUAUUUGAGUAAUUGUUUUUAGAUUAAAAUGUCUCUUUUGAAUGAAGCGGCCUGUGUGUGAUUCAGAUAUUAAAGGCGACGACUCCCCCUGGUGUACGAAACUAUGCAUGCAGUUCUUUUCCCUGCCUGGUCCUUUCAGGUUGUUGCCCCAUAUGUGCAGUAUUGUAUCCAGUAGGCAUCCUGGAAAGAAAUAGAAACUUUUGUGUACUUUUGUGUAGUAGGGAAGAGUGUAUCAGAACACGAGCAGGGGACUACGUGUAUGUAAAUGUACCCUACAUCAGGCUAAAUAUUGUUUUGUCACAUCUGUGGACAUGGUGGACCAUUGGCUGCUGUGGUGUCUUUGUUGUCAUUUCUUACUUUUUUAAAUAUUUAAAAGUUGACGAUUAUUUGUUUGUCAAUUCUUCCACCUUUCCAUCACCCAUACGCCCACUG